CGUUUAGAUAAUAACUGAAAACCCUGCCUAGACCAAUAUUUGUGACGCAAACGCAAGAAGCAACGCUUUGAGUUCAGCGAGGAAGUAGGUUGUGGAUAUUGAUAGAAACAAAUGAGAUCCGACGCCUUCCAAACAGCUAACAUUUAUCGCCUUCUUCUCAAGGCAGUCAAGAAACAUAUUGGGAAGGAAGAGAACAAGAGACAUUUUAUAGAAUUUGUAACCUCAGAGUUCCGUAACAACCGAAAUUUGUCUGACUGUGUGGCUAUCCAACAGAAAAUAAAGCUUGCUCGUGAUUAUACUUUUCUUCUUAACAGUGUACACCAUCACAAGGAUUUACUUUUUUCAUACAAUAUUGCCGUGGAUAGGUCAGAUGAAGUAAAAAGGACUCUUGGAAAAUCUGCUUCUAGUGUUGGUCUUCAGCUUCCCGAGGUUUAUCAGCCAUAAUGAUUGGUAGUGUUCAUUUUUGCAUGCAUGGAACAUGCCUUUGUACUACACUGUAGAUUUUGGUGGGGUGACUGUUUCUUCUGAAUGAAAAAAAUGGUUUCAUAGCUUUUUAUCCAGAACGAAAAAACUUAACGAAGAGUAAGAGGAAUGGGAUUUAGUGCUGAUGAAUAAAUUAUAUCAUUCACUCAUUAGUUCAUUUCUUUCUAAUAAGAAAAUCUAUUAUACAAUUGUAAUAGAUAUAUUUCUUUCCAAUUAAGUGCAUGUCUUUCAAGGUUUCUAAUUUUGAGUUGCUUCUACGGAUGUUUGCAAUUCAAAUUCAGGUCUAGGUUUAGGUUGUUUCCUUUUGGAAUUUUAUUGCUAGCUUGGCGAACUCCAUCUAAUAAAUGUCUUAUUCAUACAUUUUGGCCCAA